AUGUCACACGGAGAGACGGUGAGUGAGGCAGCAGGAGGAAUGGAGGCGCGAGUAGAGCAGAUAGCGGCGAAGCUGGCGCAUCAGGAGGAGGCCAUGGCUGCUCUCAAGCGAGAGGUUGACGAACUGCGACGCGCGAUGGACGCGAACGUCGCAGAGGCGAAGGUCGCAGCGGCGAAGGUUGCAGAGGCGAAGGUCGCAAAUGCAACGGGCGCAGAAGCAGAGGGCGGCGCAGAGGCAAUGUGCGCAGAAGCGACGGGCGCGGCGAAGGGGGCGUUGGAGACGGGGAGCCUCGGGGAGGCGGAAAAGGGGAAGGAGGCAGGAGAUGACCUCCCACCGAAGCCUUGCAAUCAGAAAGAUAUUAUCCCCGUGUUUGAGCACUUAAUAACGGAGGACUUUGUAAAGAUAUUGAGGAGUGAGCUUGCGUCUACGGCGGAGGGUUUGAAGCAGCAGGCGGAGGCAGUGCGGAGCGAGGCGGCCGGCGCGGCGAGCGCGCUGAAGGCGGAGAUUGCGCGGAUGAAGGCUGCGGCGGAGCGGCAGGCGGCGGAGGUGGCGUACGUGCGCGCGACGGCGGCGCACGCCGAGGCGCGGGUGAACGACGUGGAACUGACGGUGGCGGAGUGGAAGAGCGCGCGCGCGGAGCGCAGCCAGCCCGGGGGAAGCGCGGGCGGACACGCAGGAGGAGCGGAGACGCCCGAGGGGAAGAGGCGGAAGCGGGAGGAGGCGGGGAAGGCGGAGGAAAUUAUGGCAGAUGAUGCAGCUGCGGGCGGUUGCGCAGUCAUUGCCACUCGUGGCGUUACUACCGAUGGAAAGCAGGAUAAGGCGGAAUGGAAGGCUGCCGUGUCGGGGCUGCGGACUCGGGUGGAUGGUCUAUUGGACAGGGUGAGGGAGGGCAAGAGUACCGAUGGAGGGAAGCUAUGGGAGGCCCUACUGGCCCUCUGGGCAAAGGCCGCACCGCAGCAGACGGAAGCAGAGCUCAGAGACAUCUCCACCCUCACAAACGAGGCCCUAGCCCGCCUCACCUCGCUGCGCCAGCUCCUCACUGUCGACCUAGGAGACUCCUCCGGCUUCUCUGCUGUGGGGGUGCGCAGGCUCUACUCCCUGCCUGCGCUCGUGCAUCUGGAUCUCACGGGUUCAUGCACGGACGCUGCUCUGGAAGGGAUUGACCGCGUGAAGAGCCUGCGCACUCUGAUUCUUUACAACAGCACGGUGACAGACGUGGGGCUUGCAAGGCUAGAGGGGAUGACGUCUCUCCUGAAGCUUCAUUUAGGGGGGUGUUUGUCGAUCACUUCUGCUGGUAUGGCCCACGUGGGGAAGUUGACGGCUUUGGAGGAGCUUUCACUGCACGAGUCGGGAGUGGGGGAGGAUGGGCUAGUGCACCUUACUCUUCUCUCCAACCUGAAUUAUUUCACUGUGCCUCCCGGAGUGACUGACCGGCGCAUGAAGUAUUUGAGGAAUAUGAUGCGGCUGGAGAGGCUGGGACUGUGGGAUGUGGAGAUCACUGCAAACGGUAUAAACUGGCUCAAGGGCCUGCCGAGCCUCAGGAAGAUUGGUACGGACGAUGAGAAUGUAGAAGGGUUGAUUCGGGACACUUUUCCGGGAAUGGUUGUAACUCCAGGACCACUUUAA